GGUGAAAGAACUUGGUGAAUAUUGAAUACGUGGUUAUAGUACGAUGGUUGUCGAAGAGAAAAAUAGCGAAUCGUUGAAAGAAAAUCAAGUAAAUGAUGACGCGAUAUCGAAGGAACCGAAGACGUACUCGCUGGAAAUCUUGAAAAUAAUAAAACAUGCACAGCAGCAACAUGGGUUGAGACAUGGUGACUAUCAGAGGUACCGUGGUUAUUGCUCAAGAAGGCUCAGGCGCCUGAGGAAGGUUUUAAAAGUUCCACAAGGGGACAGGCGUCAUUUUAAGAAAAGGGACAUAACAUCUGCUGUGGUUACCGAUGACAAAUUUUUACAAGUUCCCUUAGUAAUGGCAGAACGUGCUUGGAGCUAUGCCAUGCAGCUGCGUCAAGAAUCUAAUACAGAACCAAGGAAAAAGUUUCAUUUGAUAUCCAGGCUAAGAAAAGCUGCUGCAUACUCCUUACAGUUACAAGAAUUAAUAGAGAAUGUCAACUGUGAUGCAAGAACAAAGCUAGAAGCUCAAGCCUAUGUAGCAUGGAUACACGGAUCUUUACAUUUUGAAUUGCAGCUAUGGAAGAAAGCAAUGGAGAAUUUAAAAAAGGCUCAAGUAGUGUAUGGAAAACUGGCAUCUGCUCUACAAGAAUCUGAGCAAGUGAUGUACAACGCUCGCGUCGAAGAGCUUGCUCCUAGCCUUAGAUACUGCGCUUACAACAUCGGAGAUACCACUGCCAUAGAUGAUUUAAUGCAAAUGAGGGGUCAGCUGAGCGGCGAAUUGCUAGCUAGUUUAGACUCGUUGAUAGCUCAGACGCGAGAGAAACAGGCGAACGCCGAAGAGGUGACCUGGCGUGGAAAAUCUUGUGGCAUGGUGCCACCUAGAGCGGCUGGUCUGCUUAUUGCCGAUUCUAGAUUGAAUCAAACGUUAGAAAAAGCUGCCACGAAUCAAGCUAAGAUCGAUCUACUGGAGGCGCAUCUGAUAGAUUGCAAGGAUGCAAUCUCAGUCGUGAGAGAUUCUUUCAAGAACGAAUUGAAGAGCAAAGACAACGAUAAACUGUCCCCUCAGCAGCAUUUAAUCACAUAUUUGCAAUACAUUAGACUGUCUCGUACUUUAGAGAGAAACUUGGCUUUAAUAAAAACGGCGGAGGAGUCUGCAAAAGCGAAGCCACAGGAUAUUGUGCGACUAUAUGAGGCAGCUCUUCAUAAUCUUGUAGAAAUAUCGCAGCUGCAGGACGACGAGGAAUUUUUACGCGAGCAGGAAGCUAAGACGAAAAGUUACAGAGCGUUUAGGUGUUACUACAUGGCCCAAGCACUGGCUAAUCUUCACCGAUGGCGUGAAGCCAUGGCUUUGUAUCAAAGAUCCGCACAACAUGUGAAAAACGCUAUGGAAUAUGGAAAAGUGCUUCCAGAAUCAUUAAGAGAAGCUAUUCAGAAGUUGGAGACUUCUAUCGAAGGUGCCAAGUAUGCGGCACACGCGCACAGUGUCUUGGAAGAGGAACAGGAAGAGGAGCCUGGUGUUAAUAAAUAUACGAAAACGAAAAAACCUUUGUACGAACGUCUACACGAGUUCAGAGAAGAUCCUGCUCUUCUCACGAAGCAACCGAAUGUUUACAAAUUGCCACCAACUAUGCAGCCUAUACCUUGCAAACCACUAUUUUUCGAUUUGGCCUUUAAUAUGGUCGAAUUCCCUGAUUUAACCGAGAAGCUGGGUGACCAAGCUAAGAAAGGCGGCCAAGCUGGUCUUACAGGAUUUGUUAAAGGUCUCUGGGGUUGGGCAAACAUAUAAAACGAGAAAACUAAUCUCGAAAGGCACUCUACUCUGUGUAUUAUCACACGAGGUGCGAUAAGGUAUUUUAACGGUAUUCAAUCGCCUCGACGAGAAUCAAGUUUUCACUUAUAAC